AUGGAUUCGCUCUAUCGCUGGAAUGACAUCACCAAGAUUGGUGUGGGACUCACUGGUCUUGGCUUCUUCUUCACAGUUUUAGGCUUCCUAAUGUUCCUAGAUAGUGUCCUUUUAACCAUGGGAAACAUUCUUUUUGUGGUAGGUGUAGCACUGGUCAUGGGCCCCCGUCGUUUCAGAAACUUCUUCCUUGCACGUCGCCGGGCGUCCACCUGCUUCUUUGUUGGUAUCCUUCUCGUACUAUUCGGGUGGUGUUUUCUAGGACUGCUCAUCCAAGGGUUCGGAGCAUUGAAUCUUUUUGGCAACUUUUUUCCCAUGAUCGCACGUGUGCUUGAAUCAUUACCUGUUAUUGGGCCUAUUGUUCUAUCAACACCAGUCCAGGCGGUUCUCGUUAGAUUAAACUUAUCGGGAGGGAGGUUUCGUAAUGUCUAG